AUGUCAGUUAGAGACUUGAAAGAGUACAUGCUUUUCGACUUUGACACCAUCAAAGCUCAGUCCCGACCGUCACCUUCCCCCUCCCCCGACUUCGCUAGUAAGAAAAGGUCUGCUCGCGCUGCAACAAAAAGACCAAUAUCCCACCGCAGCCAGAAAAUCGUCACGGGCUCCAUCAAAGGUCUUUGUCUUCCUCGCUUGCAAAGUCUCGAUAAUAUCACAUCCGUCUUGAUCGUGCGACAUGAGUCCCUAUGGGAUACAUACCAGCAAGCCAUCUCGUACGACCUCGCAGGGGAUGUUACGAUUGCCUCUCGUCGCACCCGCCCACGCCGUAUGGUGGCCAUUAGAAUAUACCGUAGAAAAGAUGCUCGGGGCCUAAUCGAUCGAUUCGGGCGUCUGGAGCACAUCAACAUCCUGACAUUCUAUGAAUGUUAUUUGGAUGGCGAUGCCGCGUUCUUCUUAGUUGCCGAUCUAUCAUUGACUCUCGCGCUUGUCGUCACUUAUAUAGACCUAUAUCCUAGUCAGGCGGAAUUGGGAUCAAUAUUAUACUAG